AAUCCAGACAGCGGCACUUCCGAUGCGCGAAUGGCCGAUGCCAUCAUUUCUGUCAAACGCACCGAUCGCAGGAAUCAUGUAAAUGUCCGUCGCGAGGAGAGAGAUACGUACGCGACGCGCCUGAGGUCGGUCGAUCGGUCGGAAUACGGGAGUGGUUGCUGUGGGAAGCGCGCGCGAGUUUACGACGGGCGAGCACGAGACAGCGAGCGAGCGAACGGCGGCGGCGGCGGCGGUGGAUGUUCAAGUCGCACACGGAAGGAUUUAGUUAUGGAGGAUAGCAUGAGUGUAAAGUCCAUGGAAUCAGUGGCGACAAGCGAUGAAUAUGAGUUCGUAAAUGAGAGAGGUACCAGCAAGCAGCAGCAAGCUCUUUUGGAACCACCGAUGCUAAAAAUUGCCAACAACGGCAAUCUAGAGGAUCUGCAAAAUAAUCUUCGUGAGGUUUUAACAGAGGAUUCGAAGAUGGAGUGUAGUGAAUUCAAGAUGACAGGUGCCAGUAAACAGAAAACGAAAAAAGUAGGCCACAGCAAAUUCUAUGACGUUAGCUCUUGUCUUGUUGCAUCCGAGAAACAGGAUAUUAUGAAGCCUGAAGAUUACAUCGAAGAAGAAUUGAACACAUUAUCACACGUUCAACAAGAAUGCACCAUUUUCAACGGUGUCACUUACCUGGGAGCAGCUGCAAUAAAUGCGCCAAAAUCGGAAAGCGAAAUACAACGUAACAUGCAUAUAUUGAAUGCGGAGCAAUCUUUGAAUUUAGGGAUCAAAGUUUCCGUCUCAGUCCCAAGUAGUUCACAAGGCUCGGUCGUUUUAUACGAUGCUGCAACGCAGCAAGCCAUUGCCCAUUAUGAGGUACAACGUAUAUUAUUUUAUGCGCGCGGUGAGAGCACUGGUACUUGCGCGGCGUGUUUCGCUUUCACAUGGUCACACGGUGAUACUUUGGAAUCUGCCAUUUAUCAGUGUCAUGUUUUUCGCUGCGACAUACCAGAAGCGGUUGGACAAGUGUCAGCCUGCUUUUCGAAAGCGUUUCACAGAAUACCACGUUCGAUGACGAAUUCUCUGACGGGCAGUGAUUUUAACGGUUUCAACACCGGUAGCGAGAAAGUGAACUCCAGAGUGUUUAUUUUUGAAGUGACUAUGGAAAUAAAAGAAGAAGAUGGAAAAGGCGGUUUUAGUACGGUCCCUAAGGAUAGAAAUUGCUUCAAAUUACGAAGUAACGUGGCGAAGCAAGUUUGCUUGAGCAUCCAGCAAGUGUCCAGUAAAGAAGGCGGUAUUACGCUCGAGGUAGAGAGAUGUUUCGGAGUUCUCGUUAGCCCCGGACGAAAUGUUAAGCACAGCGAUAUGCGACUACUCGAGAUGGUAACGAGAGAUUCACUCCAGCCAGUUAAUUUUAUGUCUAUAAUCACCUCGGAUGUUCGCAAUAUCACGACAAUUUUACAGCAAGUUAAUACUGGACCAAUAAUGCAAGACAAACAGUGCUAUAAUAUUUGCGGACGCUGGGACCCCGCCGAUCCCGCAUUGGAAACUCUUAACAUAGAAACGCCUAGAGAGGGAAAAAUUUUCAUAACCGUCGCCGUUGAUCUCGUUAUCAGAGACAUUCGGGAGCCGGUGAGAUUUGUGAUUGAAACGUCGGUCAAAGUGUUCCCGCAAAACGAGCGAUUUUGGUACUUUAACAAGAAAAAUCUCGUGCAACAGUUUUAUCUUAACUCCAAAGAGGUCAUUUCCGGAGACGGUACGGAGGUACAUUACGAAGUACAAAGUAUAGAAACAUCCGGCGAAUUAGAUAGAAACAGAUUAAACCUCGCACUGAAUCUGGCGUCCUUAAUUAGAUCACCGUCUGUAACUAGUAUUGACACACUUACGCCAAAAGAAGAAAUCGAUUCAGACGGGGAUGAACCCAUGCUUAGUGGUACAGGUGAAGUCUCAAAGGACUGCUCGGCGGACGAAUUAGCUAGCUGGGCUGAGGUAUUAGAUAGCUGGCAGGUGAACGAGCAACGGCCGAAGCUUCUCGUCAAGCUCGCGAAACAAGGGAUACCUGAAGCUUUACGCGGCGAAGUCUGGCAACGCCUGAGUAAUUGCGACAGUUCACAAGAGAUGAUGGACAAGUACAGAAUGUUGAUCACAAAAGAGAGCAGCUGCGAGAGUGUGAUUUUAAGAGACAUCAAUAGAACAUUUCCGGCGCACGAUUUCUUCAAAGAAACAGGCGGUUUAGGCCAAGACUCUUUAUACAGAAUAAGUAAAGCAUACGCUGUCCAUGACGAAGAAGUUGGAUAUUGUCAAGGCCUUAGUUUCUUAGUUGCUAGUCUGUUACUUCAUAUGCCCGAAGAACAAGCGUUCUGUGUUCUGGUCAAAUUAAUGUACGACUAUGGUCUUCGAGAUUUAUACAAGGACAGAUUCGACAACCUUCACAUGCGAUUUUACCAAUUAAAUCGCUUGAUAGAGGAUCAGUUGCCGGAAUUAUACAAGCAUUUCUGUGAUCGCGGCGUAGAAACGCACAUGUUCGCCGCACAAUGGUUUCUAACUCUAUUUACCGCUAGGUUUCCAUUAUACCUUGUUUUUCAUAUUCUGGACGUAUUUCUUUUACAAGGGCUCGACACACUAUUCCAAGUUGCUCUCGCUUUGUUAAUGUUGUGUAAAAAGGAGCUAUUACAAUUGGAUUUUGAAAGUAUAUUGAAGUACUUCCGAGUGCAUUUACCGAAACGUUGCCGGAACGAGGAGGUGUCGCGCUACGUCAUGAAAUUAGCUUGCUCGGUGACGCUGAAGAAGUUAAAGAAGUACGAGGCAGAAUUUAUGACACUGAAAGAGGCACAAGAGAAUGCCGACGAAUACAGCAACGAGGUGGAACAAUUACGCGGUGCAGUGGCUCGAAACGAGGAGGAAAAACAGAGAUUGGAGGCGGAGCUAUUGCAAGUUAAGGAGAUGUUACAACGCGAAGUAGCCCGGGCGGACGCCGAGAGCCGUAGGAGCAAUGUUAUUAUAGCCGAAUAUAAGCAGAUCUGCCAACGCUUGGAGGAUGACUACAAUGCCGCGAAGACGACAUUGAGCGAAUUACGAACAAAAGUCUCAAAGUGCGAAAAAUGCAGAACGUGUAUAAUGGACUCGUCGAAUAUACUGGCAGACAUAGCGCAUCCUCUGGAGAAUCGAAUAGAUCCUAUGCUGCAUAGAGUGCAGGAGAGAGUGCGCGAGUUGGAGUUGGAGCUGGCACAGACAAAGUUGGCUCACGUUGAGGCAGAAUGCCGAAAUCAGGAUCUGACGCAUCAGUUGCACGCUACAGCCUCCGAGCUGCAAGCUGCGCGGAACAGCUGGCCAUGGCUCAGUAAAACUUUGUCUAGCAUAAAAGAGGCAGCGAACAAGAGAGAGGUUUUGGCUCCAGCUACAUUGAGAGAUCUGAGACGCGACAGUGCACCCGGAGGUGAUCUACAUAAUCUGAUACACGCUCGAAACCGUGAGACUCGCGACAGUCUCAAGGAAAUUGUGUGAUCCAACAAAAUGCUGAUAGAAGGAGGAAUACGUAUAUCUCGAAGACGAGUCGUAUGUCAAGUGCAGACAUGCGAGCAUGACGUACGUUCGUAAUUACGUGUAAUAUGCGACUUGUUGACAAAACUCAAUGUGCAUUCUUUAUCACACGCACUGCGCAUCGACCAGGACAGUCGCACUUUCUGAUAUUCUCUCGAAAAUUUCCGUUACGGUUCUAUCAUUAGAUUGUCCAAAGUCUAUUCAUUUCGUUUUACAGUGCUGCGAGGAUAACUCUUGUUGAUAUUAUUUUACGUUUCUUUCUUCCUUUCAUUCAGCCAGCCACGCGAGAUACACUGCUCGAUAUAAAAGUUUAUGUAAUGAUAUUACGCGGAUGAUCGGCAAUCUAUCGGAAAGGAUGUAUCGCGUUGUGUAUUCGAACGCGAUGAAUUAUUUACAAUAAUAGGAAGUAAGAGUAAAUAAAUAUAUAUGUAUACAUGCCGCGUUUUGUAUGAAACUAGUCUAAGUAUGAAAGGGGGAAAGUGCAGUUGAGAUCUUCUACUAUAUAUAUACAUAUAUAUAUACAUAUAUAUAUAUACGUAUAUGUACAUACAGUGCUUUCAAGUGACACAACAAAAAUAUGCGAUCGGUAUAUUUAUAAUUGCAGCAGACUACCGAGAAAUUGGUCGUUCCAUUUACUUUUCGUUAUUGACUAAUUUUAGCUCGAUCACAACAACGUAACAUUCCGAGGUACCGUGAGUGCGUUCUUUUCUUCCAUACGAGUAUACGUCUUUGUUGUUAAGCCCGCUAUUCAUUCAUUUCCGAGCUUGACCAAUUAUAUAACGUAUGAUAAUGUAUGUAUAAUUAUUGCUACGUACUCACACAAAUAGCGUUAGGUUUGAUAUCGAGGGAGCUUUCGUUACUUUAGUUGUUACAUGUAGUCCCCUCCCGUCACCGAUAAACACUCGAAGCAUGUAAUAUAUUUUAUCUUCCUUCCCCGUCGUCUUACUGUGAAGCAUUACCCAUAAGAAUCUAGAGAAUAGAUGCGCGUGUAAACGUUUGUAAAUGAUGUAUUAGGUGCGAGAAAGAUACUCAAGAGUUCGGUUACAAUUUGCACUCUGUUUCGACAGUCUGUAGCAAGACGGACACUAUUAUCAAAGCCAUAGAUUAUGGUAUUAAGGCACUACUUAAACAUGCAAUUGCAUCAAUGUGUAAUUUUGUCUAGUAUAUAAAUGUUUCGAGGAUAAAUUUGCUGUAUACAUACCUGUGACACACACACACACACACACGCACGCACGACUAUCAAACUUAGCUUCGUAAGUCGUGCCACACGUUUACUUAAGCAAAUUAUUUAUUUAUACGGAGUUGCAUGGAAACACUCGAAACUGUUACGUAAAACUGAAACACUCGAAACUGUUUACGUAAAAUGGAAUAUUACUCAAACUGUUCAUGUUGCAAUCACAACACACGACUCUUCUGUGCCAUCAUAAUGGGGGUUGAUUUGAAGCACCGUUUACUUCAUUUUCGCGUUGUUGAACCAAUCAAGGCGCGUAAUAUGUAACGAGUACACGAUUGCAAGCAAAGUUUAUGGUCACCCUUGGCUUACGCUCUACACGAAUAAUCACUUACUCAAAAUGGAAGACUUCAUUUCUGUAAAUACUUGAAAGAGAAAACAGUUGAAAUUGUCUACUAACAGAAUCGUGUAAAGUCUUAGAGUAACUACGUAUGAACCAUUGUAUACCCUGUAAUUCCAUUCUACACUAUUAUUGAAAUAAAGAAAGAUAUCACAUC